ACUGUGUUGUGUCCGGCAACAUAUACUGAGGAUGGCUUACCUCGGUACACGGAUGGUGCGGUUAUCUCCAAGAAUAUUCACUGACAUUCCUUUACCAAUUUCCUGUCGCCGAUACUUUGCAGCAGAAUCACAACAAAAUAAUGUUAGGAUCGGCUGCGCCAGCGGUUUUUGGGGUGACACACCAACAGCAGCUCCACAACUCAUCCACAAUGGCAAUCUCGACUUCCUCAUGUUUGACUACUUGUCGGAGAUCACAAUGUCUCUCCUCACUGCAGCUCGAGCAAAGAGGCCUGAGUUUGGUUAUGCCCCAGAUUUUGUUCUCUUUGCCCUCGGGCCAUAUUUAAAUGAAAUUAAGAGCAAGGGAAUAAGAGUAUUAAGCAAUGCUGGAGGCAUCAACCCUGAGGGUUGUGCCAUGGCCAUGAGACAAGCUGCAAAAAAAGCUGGUGUAGAUCUAAAGGUAGCAGUGGUGACAGGAGAUGAUCUAAUGCCAAUUAAAGAGGAACUGAUAUUAUCUGGUAAACCAGACAUGAAGAGUGGUCUUCCACUUCCAAAGUCAGUACAUAGCAUGAAUGCUUACCUUGGUGCGGGUCCUAUUGCACGUGUUCUGGAUGAAGGAGCGGAUGUUGUUAUUACAGGCCGAUGUGCAGACAGCUCCCUUGCACUUGGACCACUCAUGCAUACUUUUGGUUGGCAGCCAGAGGAUCUUGAUCAGCUUGCUGCUGGUAGUCUGGCUGGUCACUUGAUUGAGUGUGGAGCACAGGCAACUGGUGGCACAUACACUGACUGGCACAUAGUUCCAGAUUGGCAUAACAUUGGUUUCCCAAUAGCAGAGGUGUCCAGCAGUGGCAGUUUCCUCAUUACAAAACCUCCUAAUACUGGUGGUUUAGUUAACUGUGGAACUGUUGCUGAGCAAAUGCUGUAUGAGAUUGGGGAUCCCCGUGCCUACGUACUGCCAGAUGUGGUGUGUGACUUCUCCGGAGUAACAUUAAAGGAAGUGAAACAGGGAGUCCUUGUAUCUGGAGUGAAGGGAAAACCUGCCACAGAUUCUUUUAAGGUAAGUGCCACGUACCUGGAAGGCUACAAAGCAACAGCUGUAUGCUGUGUGGGUGGACCCAGGAGUCGAGAGAAGGGCAAGAAGACAGCAGAAGCCAUUUUGAAAAGGUGUCAGAAUAUUUUCAAGUUGUUGAAAAUUAAGGAUUUCACAAGAACACAUAUCCAAGUUUUGGGAGGUGAAGAUACAUAUGGACCACAUGCUAGUUUGGAUGAUGGACCCAGAGAGGGAGUAAUAUGGAUGUCAGUCCAUCACUCUGAUAAGAAAGCUUUAGAGCUCUUCUCCAGAGAAAUUGCAGCUGCAGGCACAGGUAUGGCACCUGGGCUAACCUCCAUAGUUGGAGGUCGACCUAAACCAUCUCCAUUGUUACAUCUUCACUCAUUCUUGGUAAAGAAAGACAUAUGCAAGGUAAACAUCAGUGUGGAUGGUAAAGCUGAAGCCUAUAGUGAGGCAUCAGACUCUUGGGUCCCAUCAUCCACCUAUGACUAUGCUGACCAGCCCAUUUCUCAUGUCUCAGACUUGGCCACUGGUUCAAAAAAUUAUCGUCUAGAAGAUCUGGCCUUAACCCGCAGCGGUGACAAGGCUAACUCCUGUAAUGUUGGUGUGAUUGCUCGUCAUCCUGCAUUAUACCCUUAUCUGAAGCAGGCUCUUACCUCUCUUACCGUGGCCAGUUAUUUCAGCCAUGUGUUCCCAGCUGACCUUAACCCUGUGGAUUGUGUAAAAAGGUAUGAAGUUGAUGGUAUCUGUGGCCUUAAUUUCAUCCUGGAAAAUUCCCUGGGAGGCGGUGGUGUUGCAUCACUUCGCUCUGACCCUCAAGGCAAAGCAUAUGGCCAGAUGUUGCUUGACUUUGUUGUGAGGGACAUGCCUGACAUGGCUACUCUAACUCAGAAUUAAUUGUCAUCUUUUGAUAUGAAUUAGCGCAGGUGUGUUUAUGAAAAGGGAAUUACUCAUCAAUAACUCAAGAUAUUUAAAUGUCAUUUCUUUCAAGAUACUGUAUAACCAAACCAUAUUUUUUAGGAGGAUAUAAUGCUAAACUUGUGAACAGACAUACUGUAUACUGUAGAAAACAAUACUAUAUAAAUGAAACUUGGUAUGUAGAUAUACAGUAAUCUUAUGGUAUAUCGGAGGGAUUUAGUAAUCCAUAUUUUGGGGAAUUAUGAACAUUCCGUGUUAUUUACAGAUACAUUAUAUAGAUACUUACACAAGGGUGUUUGAUCUAGCAAUAGAUCUGGACCAACUUGAUCUUGUUUGAUGAUGUUAAUGAAUCAUAUUAAUAUUUUCUUGUAUGGCAAAUACUGUAGUACAUGUAUUACUUUGACAUGGAUAAUAAAUGCUUGUUUAGAUAUACAGUACUGUACUGGAUUAGGUUGAGAAUGUUCGUUUUUAUAAUAACAUUCUUAAAAACCAUUCAACAUUGUAUGCUUGCAGACCACAUUGGCACACUCAUAGGGAAGUACAACAUUUGAAUCUUUUGAGUUUAAAGUUCAUUUUCUCAUAUAUUUCCAUUUUCAUCCCUCAAACUUUCUCGGUGUAUUUUUAUACUUACAGAGGGUUCCCAGGUUAUGAACAGGUUCCCUUCCUGAGGAUGUUCUUAAGUCAGAAAUGUACGUAAGUCGGAAAACAUGCUAUGUGCAUACCGUACUUACAGAACAAUGUUUAAGAUCCCACUAUAUCAUAGCCUAAGUCCUUCUAUACAUCUAAAAUUACUUAAUUUAAGAGAAAAUAAGAAAUAGAAUGACAAAAUAUAGUAAAUUAAAGUAAAAAAUAAGUCAUCAGGCAAAUAAAAUAAUGUAAAUUUUAAGUUUAACCCCGUUUAUAUCAACUGGCAUUCGUAAGUCAAACAUUUGUAUAUUGGGGACCCUUUGUACAUGUACAGCAUCAUUAUACAAACUUCAAAUGUAUUGCUAAUUGAAAAAUAGCAGAAAUGCUUUCUGUUAACAUUUACUUAGGAAACUCUUAUAUGUUAAGUAUUUGCACAUAUUAACGUUGAAAUAAUAAUGAAUAUUGUUAUUACUAUAUUUUCACAUUUCAAAUUUUGAAAAUUAUUUUCCUGCUUUAAUGUAGGGAGACCAGGCAGCUGUUGAUGCCAUGAUUCUCAGCAUUCAGUCACCUCAGCAGAGUGCUAGUCCAACCAAGGGUUAUCCCACCAAUGGCACGUGUUAGUGUUGGUAUACAAGUGUACAUGGAGGGAGCAUGGACCUCCACUUUGGCCAGGACAUGUACCCAUGACUUUCAUCUAUUUUGAUACAAACAUCUAGUAGUUACCAAUCAUCAGAAGGAUAUGAUACACCAUGCAGGUAUAUGUGUUGGGGUAUGAUAGUGGUGUCAUAAGGAACUCCUGCCUGGCUAACCAUAGUGUGAAGGUAAAGACAAUACAGUACAGGUAUUGGUCUUUUGAUGUCAUUUUGAUUUGGUUGAUUCCUUUGUAAAUGAACUAGGAUAACAGUGGUACAGUAUUUAUUUAACAGAAACAUAUUUACUGUUUAAAGAGAAAAUUUAGUGUUUUAGGAUUGCCUAAAACAUACACAAUUACUAGUAUGGAAAAUAUCUGUAAAAUAUAUAUUUUUAUUAAAUAUUGAGCCCUUUUAUAUUGUAAUACUGUACCAGGAUAUAACCUUCAUAUUUUACGUACAGUUGUACCCUGCUUUACGCGGUCAAUUGAACCCACAGGAUACCGCGUUAAGUGAACAACAGAACAUAUGGGAUUAAUUCCAAUAGAGACUGGCCCGACCCCCAAACUCCACUUUUUGACGACACACAACUUU